UGGUGGAACAGAAAUACUCGAAUUCAGUGGAAUGAAGAGGGAGCAGAGAAAUUACACAACGAAAUAAAAGAGAUGAUAACUACAUUUAAAGAGAAGAAACAGGCUUUAAAGAUUCUGGUCUUUGGGCCAACAGCAUGUGGCAAAUCAUCGCUAUGCAACGGUUUAAAAAUGGCUCUUGACAAAGAGACCGAAGUCAGCCAUUUUUUCCAAGCUGGAAGAAGUGAAACUGCAAGUUAUACCAAGGAUUUUCAGUUUACAACAUGGGAAGAUUGUGUCACCUUGUAUGACAUGGCUGGAGUGUUUGAAACAGAAGUUAUCAAAGAUGAAGACAUAUUGAAUAUUAUCCAAGGAAAGGUCGCAUUCACUGGAAAGCUUAGCAAUGUGCUUAAGCCUACACCACAAGCCAGUUCAGAAGCACAAACAAACGUGUCAUGUGUUGUCAUUGUUUUGAAGCCAGGAAUGCAACUUCCUGAAAACGUAAAGAGAAUUAUUACAUUAGUUCAUCGGACUGGUGGUGAAGGAGAAUUAGCGUGCCAUGUGGUACUCACCCAUCUGGAUGAAGUAGAGGAUUGCUUCAAAGAUCCCGAGAAUCUGAACCAACUGUUUUCAUCAGCGGAAGUACAGAGGAAAGUCGAGCAUAUUUCUCGGGAAGUAGGAUUACCACCGAAUGCCAUCAGUUUUGUCCGAAACCAUUCCUAUGAAACACAAAGUGAUACGAAGUCCACUGUCUUGUUUCUUCAUACCUUCAAACAGAUUAUCAAGGCUGCUUGUGAUCAGGAAGACAAAAGGGCAAGAUUUGCAGCAGCUGUGGCUACACAAAACCGAGGGAAAUGAUGCAUUUCAUUUGUAUUUUUAACUUUUUAACAAAAUAAUUCUGAAUGCGGCUUCCAUGUUAUUAAUUGAUUGUAAACAUGCCACAAAAUGAGUCUAUGGUUUGAAACCAAAGGAUGCAGCCCUAUUCUAAUUGUUCAGAUUUAUCUCGGUUUCAGGCUGCUGGUCCCAUAUAUACAUGUAUUGCAUAGGCAUCUGUUCACACUUAAGAUUAAACCUGUAUGUUUGGUCCAAACACUGAGUAAGAUAAAUUGAUGAAUAGGUUUGAACAUAUAUUUCAAGAAGGCCACCACAUUUAUAUUUCUAUUAGUUAUGUGCAUAACUGAUGGUGUAAGUACCGAGGCUCAAAGAUGUUAUAUUUCUGUUAUACUGAGAGUUCGCUUUAUGCAACUCCAGUUUUCAUUGUACAUAUGGUACUCAAGAUAAAGGUUUAUUCUACUCAAUGUUUGCCAAGGAUCACAACCUCAAAAGGUGAUACAUUAAAUUGUGUGCAACUGUUGAAA